ACAUCAUUCCAGAUAUCAGGUGUUGGCUAUAACACACGUGCGACUGUGGCUUUAUUUAUCAAGCAUUUUGAUAUAUUGUAAAACUUAAAAUGAAACGUAAAAAUUUAAAUAAAAUUAAUGAUGUUGUAGAAAACAGUGAUUCAGAUGUAAGUGAGGAGAAUCAAAGCGAAUCCGAAAAUGAUGAAAGCGCUAAUAUAGAAGAAGAAGAGGAUACAGAUGUAGAUUUGGCCGCCAGUGACACCUCUUCAUCAGAAGAUGAAGAGGCAGAGGAAGAAGAAAGCGUUGAACCUAAAACGAAAUCAGAGGAUACAGAUGAAGAUUUGGCCGCCAGUGACACCUCUUCAUCAGAAGAUGAAGAGGCAGAGGAAGAAGAAAGCGAUGAACCUAAAACGCAAUCAGAUAUUAUAAAAGAAAAUGUCCUUCAACGAUACGAGGAACGACAGGGCAAACAGCUUUUUAUACGUUUCCCGCACAAAAUCCCUGACACUGAGGAGGGUUUAGAGAAGAUGGCUAAAGAUUUAUCGCCUUUGAUCAAUAAAGUACAUAAACCACGCCAAAAACAUGCUCGCUUUUGUUUGGUAGAUUUCAAUAACAAAGAGGAUCGUGAUGCAGCAUUUAAGGCCCUUCGUGAGUCUAUACAAAAAGGUGAACUAGUAAAGCAUGUAGUUAAUAUUCCCCGAACAGAAAGUAAGGAAUAUAUCAACCAAUUGGCUGAGCGCAAAAUUAAAUCGGUUGAGAACAAAAGAGCCAAAGCUCGCUUAAAGAAAGCCAGUAAAAAAGCACUUAUUCAAAAAAUAUUUACCCCAACAGUUGUUGUACUAAACUUACCAAAAACUGUUUCGAUUCUUCAAAUAAGGGAACUGUUCCCUAAUGCUGUCGAUAUUCAAAUAAAGCCAGGCAAAGGUAAACUUAAUAAGGAUAAGAGUAUUGCAUCUGUUACUUUGCCAUCAACGAUGGAAGCUCGCAAGGCAGUCAAACAAAAAAUGUCCAUCAGUGGCAAUGAAUUAGUAGUUAAAUUUGAUAAUCACUUACUAAAGAAGAAUUUAAAAACUAAAAAGUCUAAAAACUCAAAACUUCCGACUGUCGAACAAACUGAAAAGGCUGAGGAAGAUGAACCGAAACCUAAAAAGGCCAAAAGGGUGGUGACAGAGGACAAUUCUGAAAAGGAUGAAGAAAGUUCGCUACACAAUAAUUCUAGUUUAAAAAUCAACAAGACAAUUAAACAAAAAAAUAAAAAAAAUAAAUCUAACAAAUAAUAAAAAAGCCAAUACACAUAUA